GGUGCAAUAUUCAUUCAGGAGGGUUUUUUACGACAACUGUAAAAUAUGGAGAGGGUAUUCAUUGAAACCUAGAUGCUAUAGUUUACUGCAAAGAUGGAGUGGGAAGCGGACGAGAAAGAAGUAAAGGCCGCCGGAGCCGAGCUUCUGCCGGACGGACGGAGAGGACUCCGCAUUCGUGGCUGGGAGAUCGAGUCUAGUAAUCGUUCUAUUCUCACCUCCCUCAACCUCCAAUCAUGGGAAGAAAAGCUUCAGACAUCCCACUUGCCAGAGAUGAUAUUUGGGGACAGUUCCUUGGUUCUUAAGCAUAUGAGCAGUGGAACAAAAAUUCAAUUUAAUGCUUAUGAUGCUUUAGUUGGCUGGAAGAAAGAAGCCCUGCCACCAGUUGAAGUUCCUGCAGCUGCGCAGUGGAAAUUUAGAAGCAAACCCUUUCAGCAGGUGAUUCUAGACUAUGACUACACUUUCACCACACCUUAUUCUGGAAGUGAAACUGUCGAGACUGGCAGUGAAGCAGACUCUGAGGGAAACAGCUGUUGUCUUAAAUGGGAGGAGUGUGAAGAACAGAUUAAUGUGGUUGCACUGGCAUCUAAAGAACCUAUUCUCUUUUAUGAUGAGGUGAUUUUGUAUGAAGAUGAGUUGGCUGAUAACGGAGUCUCGCUUUUAACUGUGAAAGUGAGAGUGAUGCCUACUUGUUGGUUUCUUCUCUUACGUUUCUGGCUCAGAGUUGAUGGUGUACUUAUGAGAUUAAGGGAUACUCGUAUUCUUUGCACUUUCAGUGAGAAUACAAAGCCUGUUAUCCUUAGAGAGAUCUGCUGGAGAGAAAGUACAUUCAAGGCACUGGCUUCUAAAGGAUAUCCUUCUGAUUCUGCCUCAUAUAAUGAUCCAAACGUCAUCAGCCAGAGGCUUCCCAUCGUCUUGCAUAAGACCCAAAAGCUUAAAGUCCCUGAUAGCCUGUAAGCUUUACCUUAUUUCAGUAUUAUCAACUUUUCGAAAAUUCUGUAUCUAGUAUAACAAUUAGAAGCGAUGAUAUAUGCUUUCUGGAAAAGUGAAAGAGGCAGACCUCUACUCUGAUUAUUAUGUCCUGUAACUGCUGCUUCAAAGCGUUUAUAAUUCUAAUUAACAAUAUUUGAUGAUGUAUAUUCAGUUAUUUUUUCGUCUA